AUGGCAUGUGAGCCCGUCUUUCUGCCCCGGCAUGAAGGGCAGCAUUACCCUUGGAAAACCUUCCCCCUUUUUAUUGCAAUAUGUAUAGCUGUCGGUGUUGCACAACUACCUGAACAAGCGAUAGACGUCCUCCACCGGCUAGGCCUCGCGGAAGACGUCCGACAGCCCGCGGCGGCGCCCCCGACGCCCCCUCCGCUGCCGCGGGGAGUCCGCCUCGCCGCGCCGGGGGUCGUGCUGAGCAGCGGGGCGCGCGUCGAGUCCCCCGUCGCCCAAGUCGUGCCAUCGCGCCUGGGGCUGCGCUUCACCGUGCUGGUCGGGCUGUACUCCUACAGCGUAAACAACGCUUUUCUUUUCAGUAUUAGACACAAAAACAGACUGCAGUUCGGCGUGCAGCUGCUGCCGAGGAAGGUCGCGGUGUACACCGGAGGGAAGCAGCCCGUGUACUUCGAUUACAGCGUUCACGAUGAACGGUGGCACUCGUUUGCCAUCGACGUUCGGGACAAGACGGUCUCGAUGUCCGCCGAGUGCGGAAGGAGGUACGACAGCAGGGAAGCGCUGUCGGAAGUGCAGCCGUUUGACCCGGAUGGUUCCUUCACCCUGGGAAGGAUGAACUCGCGCUCUGUCGGCUUCGAAGGAGUUAUAUGUCAGCUAGAUAUUAUUCCCUCUGCAGCAGCCUCUGCAAACUACUGUAAAUACGUGAAACAGCAGUGCCGCCAAGCAGAAACCUAUCGAUCUCUGCCGGGAGCACCGCCUGCGUCCGAUGGGCUGGAUACGGUUUUGAGGGAAAACGAUGAUGAGAAAAACCCGUCUGAAGGUAAAAGGAAAGAAGAGUCAAACGCUCCUGCGAGGAUCGCGGCUGCUCAGACUCGCUCUCUAGCAGGACGCCGGGAGGCCGGGGAGGCCGGGCCCCCGUCGCUGGCGGCGGGGCCUGAAGCGGAGCUCCGGGAGGGCGUCAGUCCGCCCCCGCAGCAGCAGGAGCCGAGCGAAGGCGCGGGCGUCGCGGGAGACGACGCGGGGCCCUGUCCGGGUGCCGCGGGCCGUGCCGCGGGCGGGAGGAGCGAGCCUUCUCCGGCCUCCCCUGCGCAGCCGAGCGGGAGCGCGGGGCAGGGCCGAGCGAAGCAGCGUUUAGCUGAACCGACUGGAAAGCAGCAAGUCGUCAACGCAAGCCGGUGUAGCGCCGCCGCUGACCUGUCGCUGCGCGCUCGGCUCGCUCCCUGGGAGGAAGGUGCCUUUGAUGCUCGUGAGACUUAUCGCGCAGAAAGCAGUUUUGAAAUUGAUAUUGCUAAUUAUGCUUAUGACUAUGAAGAUCUUUCCAAAAUGUUUGAAAUGGGAAAUAUCAGAGGUCCAAAGGGCGAUGCUGGACCUCCUGGUCCCCCAGGUCCUCCAGGUUUACCUGGUCCAUCAGGAAAGAGAGGUCCUCGGGGUAUUCCAGGACCACAUGGUAAUCCAGGUUUGCCAGGAUUGCCAGGUCCAAAGGGCCCUAAAGGAGACCCAGGAUUCUCCCUAGGACAAGCAAAACGUGGAGAAAAGGGUGAUCCAGGCCCAGCAGGCUUUCCAGGCCCACCCGGGAUCAAAGGCCAGAAGGGUCUCAAGGGUUAUCAGGGUCUGCGAGGGCCACUGGGUGAGCAGGGAGUUCCAGGAAUGACUGGCAAUACUGGGGCAGUUGGUUACCCUGGCAGGCAGGGUUUAGCUGGCCCAGAAGGUAACCCAGGUCCUAAAGGUGUAAGAGGUUUCAUUGGACCUCCAGGUGUAGCAGGACAACCUGGACCUGAAGGAGAAAGGGGCAUUCCAGGCAUCCAUGGCAAAAGAGGCCCCAAAGGCAGACAGGGCUUUCCAGGUGACUUUGGAAAUAGAGGACCACCUGGUCCAGAUGGGAAUCCUGGAGUUGUUGGUGGUGUUGGUCCUCCUGGAUUUCCAGGGCUAAGAGGAGGCGUUGGGCCAGUAGGACCAAGUGGACCAUCAGGAAUUCCAGGGCCAACGGGUCUUCCAGGGAGUGUGGGACAGCCUGGAAUGAAAGGUGAUAAGGGUGAACAUGGCCUUGCAGGAGAGCCAGGAGACCAGGGGUACCCAGGAGACAAGGGUGCUCUUGGUUUACCAGGGCCCCCAGGGAUCAGAGGAAAGCCAGGACCUCCUGGAAAGAUUGGAGAUCCUGGAUCACCUGGGCCAUUGGGUCCUCCAGGUCCUGAGGGUUUUCCGGGAGAUAUUGGUGUACCUGGAGUGAAUGGCCCUGAAGGUCCAAAGGGACUUCUUGGUGACCGAGGGCCUCCAGGACCACCAGGCCCCAGAGGAGCUGAGGGAGAAGUAGGACCAGUUGGACCUAUUGGAGGAGUUGGACCAAGAGGAAGGCCAGGGCGGAAAGGUUAUGUAGGUGACCCUGGACUGGAAGGAUUAAAGGGAGAACAAGGAGACCAAGGAAAUCUUGGAAAAAUUGGUGAAGCAGGAUCGGCUGGGUUACCUGGAGAAAUUGGUCCAUCUGGAAGCCUUGGUGAAAAGGGGGAGCGAGGCAGUCCAGGACCAAUAGGUCCUCCUGGAGAGAAAGGUGUCAUGGGCUACCCAGGACCUCCAGGAGGCCCUGGGCCUGUAGGACUAGAAGGAUUACCUGGACCCCCCGGGACAGGAGGAGCACCUGGGCCACAAGGACCUAAGGGAAGAAGAGGGCCAAGAGGUCCAGAUGGUCCUGCAGGAGAAGUAGGGGCACAAGGCAUUAAGGGAGAAAGAGGAGAUCCAGGAAAGAAAGGACUCCCUGGACUCAUUGGUAAGGCUGGAAAUCCAGGAGAAAGAGGAGAUCAAGGAGUGCUAGGUCUGCCUGGGCCUCCCGGAACCACAGGAGACCGGGGAGCAAUGGGAGAGCCAGGUCCAAGAGGUCAACCAGGAGAGGCUGGCCCUGUUGGGGAAAUGGGUUUUGAGGGACCUCCUGGUCCUGAGGGAGAACCUGGCCUACAGGGAGAACCAGGUGCAAAGGGGGACACUGGGGCUGCUGGGAAGCCUGGAGAACCAGGUGAUCAAGGUUUGAGGGGUGAACCAGGACCUCCAGGAGAAGAUGGUGUUCAAGGAAAAGAUGGCCAAAAGGGAGACUCUGGGGACCAGGGACGACUUGGAGAAGGUGGUGAAAAGGGGGAGAUGGGAAUACCAGGAAUUAUAGGUCUGCCUGGUGAGCCUGGCAUGCUGGGCGUUCCUGGCACUGAAGGAAUACCGGGAAAUCCAGGUCAGAGAGGUCGCCCAGGGAAGAAGGGGGAAAAGGGACAGCUUGGCCCCCCUGGAGAAACUGGACCUGCUGGUGACUUUGGCCAACCUGGGGAAGUUGGUCCUAAAGGUGCAAGAGGAACUCGAGGUCCUUUGGGACAUCUAGGUGUAAUGGGACCUGAAGGAGAGCCAGGAAUUCCAGGUUAUGGGGGUCACCAGGGUCCUCCAGGGCCACCAGGACCCCCAGGACCCAAAGGGGAGAAGGGUUACCCAGGCGAGGAUAAUACAGUUUUUGGACCACCUGGGCCCAUAGGUGAACCAGGUCCUAGUGGUGAACGUGGAGAUAGGGGAGAACCUGGUGAUGAAGGCUACAAGGGUCAUAUGGGUGUUCCAGGGCUUAGAGGACCUAUCGGACAGCAGGGGCCUCCAGGAGAUCCAGGUGAAAUUGGGGAACAAGGACCAAAAGGAGAAAGAGGUUCAAAAGGUCCCACAGGGAAGAAGGGAGCUAUGGGUGAGGCAGGCAAACCUGGAAUUCCUGGAAAACCAGGGCCAAUAGGGCAAAAAGGAGCAAUUGGGUUCCCCGGACCAGAAGGCACUCCUGGGAACCCUGGAAAACCUGGGCUGCCAGGGAAGCCUGGCCAUAAGGGUAAUAAAGGAAACCUGGGAAUAACUGGUCUGGCAGGUUAUCCUGGAGCUCGAGGUCCUAAGGGAAUACCAGGCAUGCCAGGGGCCAUGGGAGCACCAGGACUAAAGGGUGACAGAGGGCUUCCGGGUUACCCAGGAAAACGAGGCAAAAGAGGCCUUCCAGGAUCGCAAGGUGACCAAGGGCCAGCAGGAGACACUGGACUGAAAGGACAGGCGGGAGAACGUGGAGAUCAAGGUUUGAUGGGGUUUCAAGGAUUCCCAGGUCCAAAAGGUCCUGCAGGGGACACUGGUUUCAUUGGAAUCCUGGGCCCAAAAGGUCCAACAGGCCAAGUCGGGUACAUUGGCCCUGUUGGUCAAGAAGGCAUAACAGGCUCCACUGGCAGGCCUGGUCCCAGGGGUGAAAAGGGCACAAGGGGUGAAAUUGGCCCUCAGGGACCUCAGGGCCAGCCAGGGCCACCUGGACCGCCUGGACCACCAGGACCAAGAAAACAAGUGGACAUCAAUGCUGCUGUUCAAGCCUUGAUCCAGUCAAAUGCUGCACUGCAGAUGGAGAGAUACCAGAAUACUGAAGUAACUUUACUAGAUCACAGUACAGAGAUAUUCAAAACGCUGCACUACCUUAGCAAUUUACUGCACAGCAUCAAGAAUCCCCUUGGCACACGAGAUAACCCAGCACGGAUCUGCAGGGAUUUGCUUAACUGUGAACGUAAAGUGUCAGACGGAAAAUACUGGAUUGACCCAAAUAUUGGAUGUCCUUCAGAUGCCAUUGAAGUUUUCUGCAAUUUCACUGCAGGUGGUCAGACCUGUUUAUCACCGAUGUCUGUGACAAAGCUGGAGUUUGGCGUUGGAAAAGUGCAGAUGAACUUCCUCCAUUUACUGAGCUCAGAAGCAACGCACAGCAUCACAAUUCACUGUCUGAACACACCAAUGUGGGGAUUAAAUAAGGCAGGCGGCCAGAAAACAUCUGUUAGCUUCAAGGGAUGGAAUGGUCAAAUAUUUAAAGCAAAUACGCUACUUGAACCGAAGGUGCUUAUGGACGAAUGCAUGAUCCAAGACGGCAGCUGGCGUAAGACGCAGUUCUUUUUUCACACUCAGGACACUGAUCAGCUCCCGGUUGUUCAGGUUCACCUGCUUUCUCAUCUCAAACCAGGACAGCAGCACUUAAUAGAGAGUGGUUUGGUGUGCUUCCUUUAA